AUGGACUGUCCGCCGUUACCCGGCUUCUUGUUCGCCUCAUGUUCGCAGCCACUGCAGUAUGUUGUGGACCUCGGCCGAGCGCCAGACAUGCUGAAGCUCCAACUUGUGCUGGAGGAACUGACUGGCGCUAGGACCGUGCCGCGCAUAUACAUCGGAGGCGUCUGCAUAGGGGGUCUGUCGGAUAUGACCAGAGAGCACGAGAGCGGAGCCUUGAGGGAGCGCCUGCAAAGAGCCGCGGCCCUGUAG